CUCGUCCCGAGACCAGGUCAGGUUCGCCCGCAGAAACGACCCGGUUUGGGCCCCUGGGUUUCCCCGGUGUCGCUCGCCCCCGCCUGCGCGCGCUCCACGUGCUUCCCAACGCCCCUCGCGCGGCGCGCAGCCCGACGCCAACGACGACGAUUGCACCGAAAUAAUGACCCCAAAAAUCCAUCCGAAAUUCCAAUUCCCAUCCACCUGAGCUCAAUCGGAACCAGCCCAACUGAUUCCGUCGACCCGCGCGUAGACUUUUGCGCUUGAUCUGAUAUAGAUAUACAGAUUCUCAAAUCUCACGUCGUCGCCCGAUCUGCCGCGCCGCGUUCCCUGCCGCCGUGCCGUGUCCUGGCCAUGACGGCGGUGGAGCUCAGGAUCGGGCCGCUGGACUGGCUGAUGGAUGAGGAGGUGGACGAGGACGAGAGCCCGGGGGUGGGAGAUGAGGAUGGCACGGACGAGGACUGGGCUCUGGAUAUGGAGAAGAAGGGGAGGAGAAAGCGGAAGAGGUCCACGCCUCCGAGACGCUCGGGACCCAAGCGGCCGCGGCGCUCCGCUCCGGCGGUGGCGCCCGAGCCGGCUUCGCCCGCGCGUUCACCGUCGGAGCCGUGCCUGGGGGGGACACCCGAGCCUUCGCCAGAAGAGGGCUUCAAUGCUGCUGUGACGGCGACGGAGGGAGUCAAGGAGGAAGACGGGUUGAGGAAGGAGGAAGGGGAGAACGUGGCUCCGAGUCCGAGCACCAGUGGCAGAGGCGGCGGCGGCGGCGGGAGGAAGCCGGGGGCUAGGAGGUCGUGCCACCGGUGCAAGACGGUCAGGCCUCCGGAGGAGACGAUCAGGUGCAAGCGUUGUGACGUGAGGAUCUACUGCGUCCGCUGCGUCACGAACAGGUACACGACGAUGUCAGUGGAUGAUGUUAAGGAGCAGUGCCCCUCCUGCCGUGGACUCUGCAACUGUACCUCAUGCCUCAACAAGGAUAAGCAGCAGCUUCGACCCGAGAGCUUGGGUUUGAGGAAAUGCAAUAGCAAUGGAUCAUCUACAAGGACAAAGAGGUCCACUUCUGCAGGUGUGAAAUCACCCCAGGCUCGUAAUGCAGAACCAUGUAUAUCAGAUUUGACGACGAAUAGGAUGAAUAAUGUGUCUGCCAUGUCGGCUGAGGUGGACACAUCAGACAUGAGCGCUGAGGAGGUUGAUCCUGAAACAAAACGCAAAUAUGCCAGCUACCUGUUGCACUACCUGUUGCCAUGUUUGACACAACUGAACAAGGACCAGAUGGAAGAAAGAGAAGCAGAAGCCAAAAUUCAAGGAUUGCAAUUGUCGGAAUUGAUUAUUGAGAAAGCUGUCUCCUGUAACAAUGAGAGGGUGUUCUGUAACAAUUGCAGUACGUCAAUAUUUGAUCUACAUAGAAGCUGCUCAAACUGCUCCUUCGAGCUAUGCAUCACCUGUUGUAAGGAGCUCCGAGGACACUGUCUUAAUAUCAAUUGUCAGGAGGGACUGGUACCUAAGGAUAAAAGUAGAGGAGUUGACUAUAUGCAUGGUGGUGAUAGUGUUACACCUUAUUCAGAAAAGGACAAAGAAACAGGCUUGUCUAGUUACCAAUCUAAGUCUAUCAAAUGGGAAGCUGAUCCUGGUGGGAUCAUUCGUUGCCCUCCAUCUGAACUUGGUGGGUGUGGUAACCAUGUCCUUGAGUUGAAACAAAUUUUUGAAACAGAUAGGUUAAGUAAGCUCGAAAUGGAGGCAUUGCAACUGAGGAACCAGGUAGAACCUUCUGAUAUUGUCAGUAUAGAUAUAUGUGAAUGCUCAUGUUCAGCUAAUCAUGCAAGUUCAAGGAAAGCUGCCACCAGAGAGAACUCCACAGAUAACUACAUAUACUGUCCAAUAUCAGAUGAUGGUAAGCCAGAUGGUCUCAAGCACUUCCAAAAGCACUGGGUGAAAGGAGAGCCUGUAGUAGUGAAAGGGGUGGACGAAAAAAUGAAAUAUUUUUGCGUUCAAAAAAAUAAAAUGUCUAAAUUGAGCUGGGAGCCUGAAAUAAUGUGGGCUGAAGUACAUGGUGCCAAUACUAGUUCUGAGACGAAAACUGUGAAAGCCGUCGAUUGUAUGUCUUGCUGUGAGGUUGAGAUAUGCGCUGAGGACUUCUUCAAUGGCUAUUAUGAUGGUCGAAUGUAUCUUAAUGGUUGGCCUGAAAUGCUUAAAUUGAAGGAUUGGCCUACUUCAGACCAUUUUGAAAAUAUUUUGCCUUCCCAUGGAAAGACAUACAUCAAUUCUUUGCCUUUUCAACCUUACACAAAUUUGAAAUCUGGUUUGCUAAAUGUCUCUGCAUUGCUUCCUGUUGACAUCUUAAAGCUUGACAUGGGCCCAAAAUCAUAUAUAGCUUAUGGCUAUGCACAGGAACUCAUUAGAGGAGAUUCUGUUACAAAGCUUCAUUGUGAUUUGUCUGAUGCGGUUAAUGUUUUGAUGCAUAUUGCCGAAGUUGAGCCUUCUGAUGAAGAACAACAAAAGGGGAUAAGAGAAUUGAAAAUAAGGCAUGCAGAACAGGAUAAAAAGGAAUGCUUGGGGAAUUCAUCAAUAGAUGGAAAUGAAACAAGCAUGGAGCAUGCUCAUAUAUCAUCAGUUUCCUGCGAGGAUGAUAAAGCAGGUGCACUAUGGGAUAUUUUCAGGAGGGAGGAUGUUGGAAAGCUGAAAGAGUACCUCAUAAAACAUUCCAAAGAAUUUCGCCAUAUGUACUGUUGUCCAGUUGAAAAGAUAUUUAACCCUGUACAUGAUGAAAAGUUUUAUCUGACCAACAAACACAAGAGGGAGCUCAAGAAGGAGUAUGGAAUCGAGCCAUGGACCUUUGUGCAAGGACUUGGAGAUGCGGUUUUUAUACCUGCUGGGUGUCCUCAUCAAGUACGAAAUCUAAAGUCUUGCACCAAGAUUGCUCUGGAUUUUGUAUCACCGGAGAACAUUCAGCAGUGUCUCAGCUUAACCGAGGAUUUCCGGAGACUUCCAGUGGGCCACAGGGCAAAAGAAGAUAAACUAGAGGCUACCAGGUUCGCAUGGUCACAUUUUAUCUCCGGGCCAGCACAUGCUUCAUAAAAUACAAGGAUGAAAUUAUCCGUACUGUGUUGGUUAAGAUACUGUGGGGAGAAGUGAGCUGCCACAGACUCAGCAGAGCGCAACAUCAAUGCCAAAACCAGCACCAACUUUCAGUUACUUAUUGAACCCAUAAUUUGCAGCAGCCAUACCAACCUCCAGAUAUCGUGAUGAAUCACCAACAUGAGUAAGCACCUUAUCAUUACUUAGCUGAACAAUUAGCUUGUUCUUCUCAUCAUCCAGAUAUGUUUUACCAAAGGCUUAUUACUGCAUAAACUGUCAUAUGUCAGAAUUGGAGGUGUCAGUUCUCAUGCACACCAAAAUUUGUUGGCAUCACAUCCACUGGAUACAUGCAAAGGACCAAGAGAAAGGGAGUAUCUCUAUCAAUAAUGAUAUGAUCUUCCAUGGCUGCCUCGGCCAUCUGUUUGCUGUUUCGAUCUACCAAAUACUCUCCAAAUUAAGUGACUUGUUGCAGAUAACCACCAGGCAAAUCAAAGCAGUGCAAUCCUCAUCCCACACAACCUCUACAUGAAAUAUUUCAUCAAAUAACUUGAGGGCAUCACACUCGGACAGCACCGAUGCCUUGAAAUCGACAUGCUUGUGCUGUACUCUGUAUAUGUUCAAGCAUUUGGUCUGCAACAUCCAUGCUCCUGCAAUAACUGAAAACUACCAAUAACAGUGAGCCAUGUCAUCUUCAAUAAGCUUCACCCAUCAAAAUUUUCUUCACAUUCUCUAUAGUCCUUUGCGCCUAUGGCUUGCCGCUGUAGUAAACUUCCAUGUGUCUCAAUAUCAUAUAGUAUGCACAACCAGAAUAUUAAAUUUCUUCUAGUGAGGCAGGAUUCUCCUAGUGUUUUGGCAUUCAAAAUUUAAUAUAAAUUUUCUCUACUAAAUGCCUCCUAGUGAGAUUUCCAUGUGCUAUGACUAGUGGUGGUGUUUUAUUACUACUUAUGAUUAUGAAAAACACUACGAGAAUUCCACCAUUUUGGUUGUGAUGUGCUCAGUCUAGACAAUUUCACUGGGCAUUUCACCAGACAUCCCAUCCCUAGAAUCUAUGCCAACCUUAAGUGGAACAUUCAUGUACUCUUUGCACAAUGCUAACUGCUGCAGUAAUCCUUCAUGCACAGCAAGGUUGACAUCUUGUCCCACACCAAAUGUUCACAAGUCAUUUCAUCAAGAAGCACUUGUACAACAUUGUCUCUAUGCUUCUCUUUUUCUGCCACCUUCUCAAGAGAGAUUUCAACAAACAACUUGUAUGCAACAUCCUUACCAGUUGAAGAGGCUGUGGGUGUUAUUGAUUUGAGAACAUAUGAUCAUUAGCCGGCUCAGCAACUAGAAUGCUUUUCUCACCAACCCAGUACUUGGAGCCCUUUCAGUUUUUAAACUCUGCUACUUGCUGCAAUAGACCGUCCUGCAAGUUAAGGCCAUGCAAAGCUCCUCAUCCUUGUGCAGCUCCUCAAGACGCCCCUUCAGCCCAGAACGUGAUUUACUGAUUUUCUUAGCUUGUGUCGCUGUGGGGACAUUUGCUUGAACACCUCGUAGGCAUUCUCCUCAAACACAACCGACAUCCUAGAAACCACUUGCUCAAGCCAUACCUGGGCAACAUCCUGCGCCAUAGUGGUCCAUAGAUUCCUGAACGACACUGAUGCUGUCACCCUCACCUCUAUUGCCACUAAGCCAUUGGGAAAUCUGAGACCAUCCCCACCUGCGCCAUCGACACUCUGAGUUUGCCACUGCCUGUUCCGUCAAGAACUCCCUGUCUGCUGUCACCCUCGAUGAGGUAAGAUAGCCUCAAGCCAAUAUGUAGGCCGGUGAUGCACCGCAUCUACCACCACAUGGCACCAAAAAAUUCCGCCACGGCACACUGCCGGUACCCACACUAAGGAUAGUUGUCUCUGAUACCACCUAUCACACCUGUUGCGGGCAACGAGAUCAAAUCGACACUCCUUACCCAGUUACUUGUUUCUGAAUAUCUUCUGCCCUUCUGCUCAAGACACGUCAUUGGUUUUUAUGUAUUCUCUUCAUACACUUGCAUGUGGACCCUUUUACUCUCAAUAAGGUCUUGUUUAGUUCCUAGUAAUUUUCAAGAUUUUCCGUCACAUAAAAUCUUUGGAUGCAUACAUGGAGCAUUAAAUAUAGAUAAAAACAAUAACUAAUUAC